CAUGAUGAUUCUGUCAUACAUUCCCAUGACAUCACAGCGAGCGAACACAACUUACCAUCACCACCGAACUACUCGUCUUUUUGUCUUUGUCUUUCCGCCAUAACCAGAAACACAACAUAACAUAAACAAACCAUUGCAACUCACUUUCCUCUCAGACUCAGACAGACUAACAUAUGUUUUUACCGCGAUCUCAAAGUUUUUUUAUUGAUAUUGUUGCGGUUGUGAUUCUAGAAACUUCGAUCCCUUCGCCAUGACUACUGCUUCUAUUGGAAAUUCAUUCAUCACCAUCAAUCCUCCUGAGCUCCGUUUCCAAUUUGAGCUAGAGCAGCAAACAUUUUGCGAUCUUAAAGUUUCGAAUAAGACAGAAUACUUUGUUGCUUUCAAGGUGAAGACCACUUCACCGAAGAAAUACUUUGUACGACCUAACACUGGUGUUAUUCAUCCAUGGGACUCAUGCAUCAUCAGAGUCACCCUCCAAGCACAACAAGAAUAUCCUCCUAACAUGCAAUGCAAAGAUAAGUUUCUCAUACAAACUACAACACUGGAUUCAAACACUGAUGUUGAUGAUCUUCCACCAGAUACUUUUAAUAAGGAUAGUGGAAAGUUAACAGAAGAAUUGAAACUAAGAGUUGUAUAUGUCUCUCCUAACUCACCUCAAGGAAGCACUAGCGAUGAUACAAAGUACUCCGCACAAAAACUUGAUACUUAUUCGAGUCAAACCUUGCAACAAUUGAAGGAGGAAAGAGAUGCUGCAGCCAGAGAAACGCGGCAACUGCAACAGGAACUGCAGGACAUGCUGAAAAGGCGAAGAAAUCGUAGAAGUGAUCCGGGUCUCUCCUUCACCUUUGCCAUGUUUGUUGGCCUUAUUGGAAUCUUGUUUGGUUUUCUUUUGAAACUUUCAUUGUCUUUACCACCUACACAAUGAUUUCAUACCGUUCAGAACCUUUGCAUGCCGAUCUUUUGGUGUUAUUUAUUUAUUACUGUAAAGUUUUUUUUACAUUUUUUAUUAUAUUAAUCAUUUUGGAAUCCUAAUAUGAAAUUUUACUAUACUAUUCUCUUAUUAA